AUGGGUGCAGCCAGAGAAUCCCUAAAAUGGGCUCUGGUGCAGCCGAACAUCAGCCCCGCCAACAUCAUUUUCCAGCGGGACUACACAAUGGAUUUGCAAGAGGAGUUUGGAAAACUCAAUGCAGACAGUGAGGAGAUGAAAAAAAUUUUACAGCUCCUGCUUUUACGCCAGGAACAGAACCAGAACACCGGCACCCUGAUCUGUACCGCAUGCUCACAACAUCAGAUGUUCAUCAGAGGCUCAUUCCAGCCCUUGCAUGCCAGUGCAGCACCUGGGCAGCGGAAGCUGUUAGCCCCCAUACCCCCGGCGUCCCCCCACCACCAGCUGCAGCGGUCAGUGAGGGGUACGCUGAGACCCCUGAGCGCUCAGCAGAGGGAGCGCCAGACUAAUAAGGAAGUCUUGAAGGAGGUCGUGGAACUCGCUGAGGAAAUAGUCGCCAGUCUUAAUGAUGGCAGGACCUUGGACCAGACAGGCAGCUCUGUGGGCAGCUUCUGUCCAGUGCAUCGCAGGACCCCGUCGGUGCCCGGUACUCUGCCUUUCAUCAGUUCGCCCAUUGCCCCUGCUAUCCCCGCACCCCCAAAGACAACCAGUCACAGACCGAGCAGACUGCCCCGCCUCAAGAAGACGGUAUUACUCAGUGGGCUCACUGAUGUGACAGAGCAAAAGGCUGUUGAGUCUCUGACAGGGAGGCAGGAGGAAACAAGGGAGCGUAAAGAAAUGAAGAAGAGGAGAGUGGACGAGGCGAGGCCUACAAUCAAGACCCAGCUGGCCAAGAGUCUCCCAGAGUUGGCCAAACUGCGCCCUCUGUCCUGUCCCGAGGAGGCCCUCUUGCAGGCCUUUAGUGUGCUCAGAGAUGAUGACUGGUGGGAGUAUACAUAGAUAUAUAUUGAACUCUAGAUACCACAAUGGGGUAUCUAGUGUUCUAUAUAUAUCUAUGGGAGUAUAGCUUAAAUAGGCU